UCUACUUUGACGUGUGUACGUCGGACAUGCUUUGAGUAUACUUAGAAUAUUCUUUUCAAAUAUGUCUCUCAUUAAAAAGAAAAAGCAUGUCUCCAAAAAGAAUAAGAAAGCGUGGCGUAAGCACUGUGAUAUUAAGGAUGUAGAGGACUUUCUGGAAGAUCAGCGCUUAGAAGAAAGGCUUGGUAAAUUUGAAGCUAAAACAGACUCUGAACUUUUCGUGGUGGACACGGUAGGUGAGGAGAAACCAGAGGUGGUUGAUGUGAAGCCGCUGACACUGAAGCAAAAGAAGAGAGCCCUCCUCCCAGUGACACCCAAAUGUUAUGAAGUCUUACUUUCUACUUCUAAGGUCCAAGAUCCGAAUGCCAAACGUAACUACGUCAAUCCAGUGGGGACCAAACCAACAGCUUUGAGCAAACUCUCUCUAAAGAAACAAUUUGAAAAGGGAGCUUAUUUGAAGAAAGUUGAGUUAGCUCGUAAGAAUAGAAGAAUUGUAAGAGAUAAGAAGAGAAGGAUAAAACAAAUAAGAAACACAUUUGAUAAAAACAUAUGGGGAGAGGAUUUGCCCGAGGUAAAAGGCAUUCCUUCCACUCUAUGCGAUGACUUCAUAUCAACGGAGGCACAGCUGCACAAUGUAUUACCUGAGCAACGUCUGCGUCCUAAGCCAGCACCACCCAAGACUGUGGUCACCCGGCCUGCUGUUGUCACCCCACAUCCCGGUGUCAGCUACAAUCCUUCGUACCAGGAGCAUCAAGACCUGCUGCAGCAGGUGGUGCAGCACGAAGAGAAACUGAUGAAGAAGGAGGCGCAUCUGCAUCGCGUCACCACUAGCAUGUUCAGCAGGCUCACACCAAACGAGAAAGAGAAUCAAUGGCGCGAGGAGAUGAGCGAGGGAUUGCCGAAGCCACACAACCCGGCUAAUGCACCCUCAACACCCUCGGAUGAUGACACAGACAAUGAGUACAAGGCCAUCAACCCUCCCGUCAAGAACAAGAAGAAAGAUCACAAGGCGAGGAGGAAACAGAAGGAGAGGAUAGCAGAGAAGGAGAGGCUAAAGAGGGAAAAGAUUGAUAAGAAGAAGAUUACUGAUAUUUAUAAGUUACGUAAGCUACAAACAUCGAUAUCAGGUAAAGAGAAACGCGAAGCAGAGCUGAGAGUGAAGCGAGCUGGUCGCCGCGCUCUGCUCGCCGCCACCGCGCCGCCCGCACUCAACGCGCACAAGACUCCCGCUCCUCAGCCUGACCUCGUGGAGCCCUCACACCUCUCCGGGGACCUCAGGAACAUCACCUCCACUGGGAAUCUUCUCCGCGAUCGUUUCGAAUCGUUACAACGUCGCGGUGCUCUCGCCGCGUCCAAGCUGAUGAUGACGAAGAAGAAGAGAUUGAAAGCUUACUUCAAACCUGGUCACAAGGUCACAGAGAAGGACGUUGAGAACUAUCUGCAGAAGAAAAUGGUAAAGAAGACAAAUAAGAAGGCAGUCGUCACCAAAUGACAGCUCAAAUAAAUAAUUUAAACUAAACUAA